AUGCCCCUCGGCAAUUUGGUCUGUCUGCUGCCUCUGUCAGUUCCCAGGUGCCUGUUAUUGAUGACUGAACGGAUGAAAUGUCAAGCCGACAAGCAUCGGUCUGAACGGCAGUUUAACGUGGGCGAUUGGGUAUAUCUUAAGCUCCAGCCAUACAUUCAGUCAUCCCUGGCUUAUCGUUCACAUCGGAAGCUAGCCUUUCGCUUCUUUGGUACAUUCCAAGUUGAAGCUCGUGUUGGUGCUAUGGCCUACAAGCUUUCGCUGCCACCUUCGUCUGCCGUUCAUCCGGCCUUUCAUGUGUCCCAGUUGAAGGCCUCCCAUGGUACUGAACCGGUGGCUCUGGCCUUGCCAACUGAUGCUAUCGAAUUUCAGGUUCCUCAGCAGAUCCUUCAGAGGCGUUGGACGUCCGGUGACAACCCCGUCGAGCAAGUGCUAGUUAAGUGGUCGUAG